AUGGCGAAGCUUAAUAUUUAUGCCAUUUUGAUUGUUCUCUAUUUAUUCAGUGCGACACAAAUAAAUAGUCGGAAAAUAGGUGAUGAAAUAGAUGAACUUGAGCUAAAUCAUUUAUGCCUCAAAAAUGAAAAGUUGGCCAAAAUUCAAUUCUACGCCCAAGACGUGUUGGGCGGCCCGAAUGCAACCGUUCACGAGGUCGCACGCGCCGCCGUCUCCACAGACGCGCUUCUAUCCUUCGGGAAAGUGUUCGUCAUCGACGACAUAAUCACCGCCGGGCCCAGCCCCGACACAGAGGCGCUGGGCAAGGCGCAGGGCAUCAUCAGCUCAGCCGACAUGGCGAAUGUAGCGAUGGCGAUGAGCUACAACAUUGCCUUCACAUCGGGGGAGUACAACGGUAGCAGCCUCAGCGUUGCCGGCCGGAACGAGGUGGCAGAAGAGAGACGCCGGCUGGCUGUCGUUGGGGGCACGGGGGUUUUCCGGUUCGCGCGUGGCUACGUGGUUCAAGGCACUUACUCGACCGCCGUGGGAGAGGAUUCCAGCCUGUAUACCGUUAUUGAAUACACAAUCUAUUCCACUUAUUGUCCCUAG